UGUGGAUAACUCUUUCUUUCUCUGCUCACAGGAACGGAAAAUGCACUAGAGAUGCCUAAUUCAAGCAUUCCUCUAGGAAACUCCUGCAGCUUCAAUGAGAUAAUAAGAAAACAAGUUCUUCCGGUUGCCUAUGGUCUGAUCUUUCUAGGAGGAAUCCUGUUGAAUGGGGUGGCAGCCUGGGUCUUUCUGUACAUUCCCAGCAAGACAAGUUUCAUCGUCUAUCUCAAGAACAUUGUCGUCGCUGCUCUCAUGAGCUUAACUUUCCCAUUUAAAGUUUCCGAUUCAGAGAUUGGAUCUUGGCAGCUCAGUGUUUUCGUCUGCCGUUUUUCGGCUGUCGUAUUUUACCUAAAUAUGUAUAUCAGCAUAACACUGUUUGGUCUCAUAGCUCUCGACCGAUUGCAACAAAGUUGUGAAGCCUCAGUUCAUCAAUCUUUCCACACUGUUCGAUGUAGCAGAUGUAUCUGUGUAGCCGUAUGGGCACUCCAUAUAGUGAUAUCAUUUCCCAAUACAAUUUUAACAGAUCAACAUCCUACCAAAAUAUUUCGAAGAACUGUGUGAACCUCCAAAAAUGAACUUGGAGUCCAGUGGCACAAGGCUUCAAAUUAUAUCUGCUUAGGAAUUUUUUUGGACAGUCUUUUUACUCCUAUAGCCUGUUACAGUUCUAUAGCAAGGAAAAUAUAUGUAUCCCACCAAAAAUUCAGGAAAAACUAAACGGUCAAGGAAAAAACCAAUCGGAAUAUUUUCACCAUCAUGCCUUGUAUUUAUCAUUGCUUUGUUCCAUACCAUGUUGUAAGAAUCCCAUACACAUUAAGUCAAACUGCUCACAUCUAUAACUGCCCCAACAAAAGAGAUCUGUUUUACCUAAAGGAACUUUCCCUGCUCCUGUGUGCUGCAAAUGUUUGCCUUGAUCCUAUUAUUUAUGUAUUUCUUUGCCAACCCUUCAAGGAAAGGUUGUACCAAAAAUUGCACCUCAAGUUGAAGGUGUCUGAGGAAUUAGAAAACUCUAGAUCUAAAAAGUCAAAUGUGAUUUGUGAAACAGUAGUUAUUCCAUAAAUGUCAAUCAAGCAUCUGGAAACCAAGCCUUAUGAGGAAUGGUUGAAGGAGCU